AUGGUCCAGGCAGAGCCUCGUCUCGACGAUGUCGACGCGAAGAUCCAUCCGGCCAGCGCUGACCACAGUACCGCGCGUGCAGGUGCACGCACGGAUACCCUCACCUGGUUUAGCCCGCCGGUCGAGACGGUUGCCCGGGGUGUGGCCGCUGAGCAGAGCCCAGCUACGUGGAGCCACAGGUGAGAGUUAGGUGCCAGCAAAUGGACGCUAGGCGUAGUCUCACCUGCAAGCAAGUGAGUGACCACUACGACCAUCACGUGAACCCACCGCUGACACCCCUACACCCCAGAGGGCACACACACACGCACGACGACAGUUCGACCAUCGAUUUCGAUGAUGUCCACCGUGUGCCCCACAGACUGCAUUGUGGGAGCAGGGACGGUGACUUACGCAGGGGUUUAUAGUGCCAGUAGACUUGCGUAGCAUCUACCUACACUCUCUCCUCCUCCCCCGCCUGAGCCCGGUGUCAAGACAGAGUCAAGAAGACCGGAGACGGGAGAGGCCGCAUGUGGAUGUCUCGGACGGAUCCUCGCCUUGGCGCUCCACUCCGCACCCCCUGGUCCACACACAAAUGACCAGGAUUUUGACCACAAAACAAUGGGGUGGCGGCAGUGGUCCAGUUGUGCGACGAAUGCCGACAACAGGGUCCGCCAGCGCACCCCGCAAAUGUUGGCAUUUGUUAUUGCGCACAGAUAACGCCUGCCAGAGUCCGACGUGGCCCCCGUGUUAGUCCAGCGCAUCUGACACGUGGCCCGUUUGGAGGGCACAACACACACACACACACACACACGUCUGAAGAGACAGAUUUUGGCAGCUACUAGCUGAACCCCAUUUACGCUCUGUCGCAUCAGUAAUGCUGACCUUACCUAAGCUGUCUUCCAUGACCUGUGAUGUGGGAUCUUUCUCGAACCAUCGCACUCCAUGACGGCCCUGUAAUAAAUAUUUAGACAUUUUAUUGAAUGCUGCGGUGGUGAGUUAUCUGUUUAAUUACUUCAGACAUUGACUGAGGGCAAUGGCUAUAUUCGUCACUCAUGUAUACCUAACAUUCUCCAGUUAAAAUGCUCGACAUAGGUCCUUUUGAGAAAGUAACCAGUUGGUAGGCAGCUCGAAGUGUCCAUUAGGUGCAGGCCUGUAAGUGAUGCUCAAUUGGCAAUGGGAAGAUGCUGAACGUUAUCUAUCAUUAGGACAGCUGGUGGACCCUUCCUUGUCGACAGUUACGCACUUUGCGCCACCCCACUUAACUUCCGUCCGUCAAUACUCUACCGCCCAUUUAACUGUCUCUAAUCGUCUGUCGCAUUUUCUACAUAUGAAAGAAGCCCCUACGCAUCCACUACAUCCGUCAGUACAUCUGUUAGGUGGACAUUUCACCGCACUCACUCAGGCCCAAGUACCUGUCAUAUAUGUUUUGAUCUAAGUUGUUUAAUGAGCGUCAGCUUCAUAGAGUAAGAAUUGAAAGCAAAGAAUAGUUUCAGUUACUGUGCCUAUAAAUGCGGAUAAAUAUGCCGCCUCUGUGUAACCAUUGCCUUCGUAUUCAAACCUUCCUCUUUCGCAGCAUAUGAAAUGUUUGCAUCAGCAAUGCACGCCCAUGGAAAGGCUCGCCUUUGGUAUUCUGCGUUGUGGACUUCUGGUCUAAUUUGUCCAGAUGAAAGCAUACACUUUGUGAAAAGUACAGCAAAUUGGCGUUAACAAUGUUCAGGGUGGUUCUCUCACUGCCACUGGUAGGUUAGUGGCAGGUGUGGAGGACACGGAAAGUUUGAAUUGUUUUGUACAAUUAUUAGAAAAAACGACGAGGUCAUAGGGAUUGCGAAGAAAAACAGGAGAAUAUGGAAAAUUUGGUUGCAUGCGAACGAGACCAGUAGGGUGCGUAAUAUUCUGUGCUAAUUCAGCUUAAUCAUUUAUCCAAUGCUGGUGUCUGCCCUUUUUUUCAUUUGCUGCCGCAUAUAUACAGCAGCUUCAGGUACUUUUACUUCUAUGUCUGGAUGUCUGGUAGUUCCAUAAGGUUCAGUAUGCCUACAAAAUCAACGCGGCUUUUGAUAAAAAGAGCACUGUAGAGCGUGCAAUAAGACGUUCGUUUGAAGGGUUUAGCGACGGCGAAAGCAACUUCGAGAGCAGGGUGCGUUAGAAAUCCCUCUUAUGGCCUUACCGAAGUUUUAGAAGUCGCGAGUUAGCCAUGCCACUUGGAGUGUCCCGCACACACACCCCUCCCAAACAUCUGCACAAUGACGGAAUAGGGAUAGGAACUAGACAACUGAAUGACGCAUCACCUCAACGAACAUUAAACAUUUCGGUGUUUGGAAUUUUUUCAGAACUGCUGAUAUGAAACGAAAGGCAUUUAUUUGCCAUUCGCAUUAUAACGUGUGACGGAAAGUCGAUAUUUUGUGACAACCUACGAGCAGAAAUGAAGCCGACUAGUUGAAUUCAACUUGUAUUCAGAAAGGCUGUAGGUCGGAUUUUGUAGUCUUCAGGUGGCUACGUCCAGGGGAACUUCUUUGAAACUGGGGAGAUUAUCCUGGCAGACACUGUUGUCAUGCAUCAACCUAAAAACGCCAAAAGUUGUCGGUAGAAAAAACAUCUGUGGUGAAUGAGAACGGUCAAAAUGUUUCGCACAAUGAUGUCUGUAAAUUCAGUUUUGAAACAUCACUUGAUUAGGUUUGUCUUAUUAACUGCCGUGUCGCAUAGCUCGUCAAUAUGCCAAGUCGUCUGCUGGUUGGUCUAAUUUCCGGGCCUAAUACAAAAGAUAUCUCAGGCUUUAUGUGAGGAAAAUUGUCUUAUUGAUUCUGGGAUGGACGGCUAAGAAAUUGUUGGAAAAAUUUACUUAAUUUGGUUUUAUGCAUCUUAGUAUAAACUCAGUCCAUGGGUCAAACACAAAUUCCUCAUUUAACAUUCUUCUGUACACCGUUUUUGACGAAAUGCCCGAUAUAAUGAGUACAUCUCAACCAGGCGCUUACAAGCAGGCCGAAUUAGAUUCCAGUUCCAUCGGACUUGCUUCAUACGUAGGGGGUAAUUUGGCCUCUUUCAUGUGCGUGAUGAGCGGGGCACCGAUUUCGAGGAAAGACCUGCACUAGGUACGCUUUUACAAAUUUGUUCUGAACUGUCCACAUACAUAUUUGACUUAUCAAACUCAUUCAGGGGCUAUUGGUGAAUGUUAAUAUAGUGCAGCUCUAAUCUAAUACAAUUCACUAACAUGUCAACAAGGCGGCUUUUCAGAAGUGAUCUGUGAUGGCAUCUGCUCAAUUAGGGGACGAUCAAUACACGCUUUCGACGCAUCUCGUCGCCUGCUGUUGUUUCCGCUGUGUUUCCUUCCAUUCAGACUAUCCAAUAUGCGCUCAUUGAAAAUCGAUUGACGUUUGCUUGCAUCCGUCCACAAUCCCGCCAACUUCACCAUCCGGUUGAAAUUUAUAGCUGAAUUCAUUCAUUUGGCUAGAUAACGGUCCUUUCCGUAUGAUAGACAUCUGAUUAUCUCCUAAUCAUAAAACUGCAAACUUAUGCUCCCAUCUCCGUCUGCUUAGUGUGUGUGCGUCCUUGGUGCAGUGUUAUUUCCCACUAUGCUCGCCAGUAGGUUAGCGUGGGCUGUCGCAGAAUUGAGGCGAUUCGAUGGAUGAGGUAGUCAAUGGAAUGCAUGAAUUAUUUGUAAAUUUUCGUCUAAACAAUACACCUACAGUUCCCCCGUCUGCUACCCACAAAUGCAGGUGAUGAGAGCGCUAACAGCAAACUGAAGAUUGUCAACUUGAAUGUCACCCAAUAUCGUCUAUCUGCGUAAGUGUACUCAACAUUGUACAUGUGUCUUUUACUACAGUACCUGUGCUAACUCAUGAAAUGUCAUUAAUUAACACAGGUUAACGACUUAAACGCAGAAUCGGUAAACACUACGGCUCCCAAAGUCUGAUAGCAGAAAAUAAAAGAUGUGUCAAAGAAAUAAAGCAAAGUUUGGUUAAGAAAAUAUUAUUUACUGAGAUAAAAAUAAAUAAUUUUCGACAAAAGCCACAUUUUCGAGAAACGCCUAUAUUACAACCAAGUUAAUAAAGGCUACGUAUGAGGGUGUAUAAAGGAGGAGGGCGCAUCAAAGGUCAAAAAUAAUUAAGGACAGAAACAGAUACAAAAAAUUAGUACUUUGUUGAUUGUCUAUUUGAAUUAAUAACGGCAGAAAGUCUGUCAGACAUAGACAUGACGAGGUUAUCUAUGGUCGAUUGUAAAAUGUAUUUAUUGGGUAUGAAAUCCAAUUUUUCCUGCAUUGAAAGAGUCUUCUUAGCUUUGUGCCAAUUUCUUUUAACUAUUCCAAAAAGAUUGUCGAUAGGAUUUAAAUCGGGACUGUUGGCCGGGAUGAAAAUGGAUUGGAGGCCGAUGGCGGAGAGGGUGGUUGUAGUCUAAAAUGUUAGAUUAUAUUUGCAAGGAGGAUAGUCCGACUGCAAUGACUCCUCUUUAUCUGGGUCAGAUGAGAUCCCAGGUGUACUCCUACAUCGACUAACUGAAGAAUUUGUAGAGUCACUGAGGCGCAACCACGCAGUUUUCUAAAUUCUCAGCGCGGGCAACCUCAAGCAGAAGCGCGAUACGGAAAACUUUUAUUAACUUGAAUGCAGAUGUACUUGAAAAGGUAAAUGGGGCAUUUAUGCGACUGCACCUGGGAUAUGAGGUACAGGCUUCGGUAGCAUAUGGAUAAUUUGGAAGUUGUGCAGCGACGUGCUACAAGCGCUGUUCAUGAACUCAAAACCUUUACGGACCAGCAGUCUUGAAUGUCACACAAUAUCGUCUAUCUGCAUAUAUGUACUCAACAUCGUGCAUAUGUCUUCUUACAAUAUUCAAACAGAUGAAGUGGUUCAAAGGGAGCUUGUACGGAGCCUUCCGCCGCGAAUUCCUCAAAUUUGCAUUACACAGUCCUAAGUCGCGGCCUCUCUUGGACGCUGUCAUGUCAGACAAGGAGGUUUUGCAUCCAGAUGAGCUCUUUUUCCAGACCCUCGCUUUUAACUCUCACCUUGGGGCACCUGGUGCUUGCCUUAACAUCCCUCUGCCAACGGAAGUCAAUGAAGGCUACCCAGGACGCUAUGUUCUCUGGGGAGAUCGGCAUACAUUCUGCCCCACCAAAUAUGUUCGCGGGGUCUGCAUACUCGGCAGCCCGCAUGUUCCUAAGAUGCGACAUAGUCAUCAUCUCUUUGCAAACAAGAUGCACGCGGACUACUACCCCGAGGCCUACGACUGCAUGGAGCAAUGGUAUUUCCAACGACUCAAUCGUGAAUGGCAACUUGGUGGCAUUGAUCAAGAAGCCUUUGAGUCAGGAGAAUACAUGGGACUGACCUGCUCGAAGUACCACGUCCACUAG